AUGUUCCAGUGAAAUAGUGUCAAUUAUAAGCACCAAACUCUGUCGAGAAAGAAUCUCAAGAUUAAGGAAUUUUUUGGGUGCAUAAGUAAGCUCACAUAAGCUCAGCUCAGCACGCGUUGAAGUGAUCAAUAGCCGCAUUGUGCGCCAAAUUUCUUGCGCUUGAUAUCAGUCGCGAAGUUGUUCUGCCAGUUCAAUGUUUCUAAAAUGUCCCCUUUCCUUCCUUAUGCUAAUCGCCUCUGUUGGCAUCAUUCCCACAAAUUCAACACUUACGCAACUUCAUAUUGUGUUUAGACAUGGCGAACGGGCCCCCACAGAAACCUACAAGAAUGACCCACAUAUCAACGUCACGUGGUCAGGAGGUUGGGGUCAAUUAACAAACCGCGGCAAAUUGGAAAUGUAUUUACUUGGGCUGAAAAUGAGGCAACUCUACCAUGACUUUAUCCCCAAAUAUUAUUUUCCGGAUGAAGUAAAAGUCAUGAGCAGUUAUGCCGACCGAUGCCUUAUGAGUGCCCAGGCUUUACUGGCCGGCCUGUUUCCACCCAGAGAUGAUCAAGUCUGGAAUAAAGACCUCUUAUGGCAGCCCAUUCCUGUACAUUACGUUCCCCGAAGUCAGGAUAAUUUGAUUGCGAUGAAAGCUAAAUGCAAAAAAUACGACGAGGAGUUCGCUGAUGUUUUUCACUCCGAAGCGAUCAAGAAAAUCGAUGAAGAAAAUAAGGAAUUGUACGACUAUUUAACAAAAAACACGGGACAGAAAAUGGAUUCUGUUGGGAAAGUUGAAUUGUUGUACAACACUCUGGAGAUUGAACGUUUGCACAAUUUGACUCCUCCAUCUUGGACGCAAAACGUGUCCUGGGAGCAAAUGCGGAAACUCGCAGCCAGAAGUUUAGAAACAUUUACUGAGACAAACUUUAUGAAGAGAAUGAAAGGGGGAGUGUUUUUGAGCAAAGUGAUAACAGACAUGGAAACAGAUAAAAAGAGCCCUUUGCUUUUCUUGUAUGCAGCACAUGAUCUUACCCUUGUAAAUAUCUUAAAAACUUUGGGUUACAAGACGAUGCUAAAACCCGGAUUUGGUGCUUCCUUGGUUUUUGAAUUGCGCAACAAUUCACAAAUUACCUUGUUAUAUCGGGAUGAUAUUAAAAGUGAUCCAGAGAGGAUUGCAGUUGAAAGUUGCAACACUCCGUGUUUAUUGAGUGGAUUCAAAACCGCCCUAAAGGAGUUUCUUCCGUCAAACUGGAAGUUGGAAUGCAAUCAGUGAAUUCAUGUUUGUAUUUUUCCGUGGUUGUAAUCUUUUAUAAAAAUAAAUACACGGUUUUUAUUCUGUU